AUGACAACUACCCUUCCUUUUAUAUCGAAGAACAAGAACUAUGUGGAAAUGAAAGCUGUUACUUGGCAAAAAGAUUCUCAUGGAUUGUUUGAUUAUGAGACUAAAUCUUUAAGCGUUAAAAAACAUAGGGUUGAAGGAUCAUGCAAAGUUAGCAGAGAAGAGAAUGAAAUAGUUAUAUAAGAUGGAAAGGCCAAGGAUGAGGCGCACUUACCUCUAACAUCCAUUUAAGCCCAAGGAGACUAAUAUUUUAUUCAACCGAAUUAAAACUCAACAGAAAACGAAAAUUAUUUAAUCGUUCGUAGUUUAAAAAAUGCUGAUGGUGUUUAAAAGGGUUAUACAUUAUAAGAGGGGGAUCUUCUAAAAUUAGGCAGGGUUGAAUACCAUGUGAUCGAAAUCAGAGACAGUAAGGGACAAAUAAGAACAGUGAAGGAUGUUUUCUAGUCAGAAGCUAAAAUUACACCUUCCUUGGAUGGGAAUGUAACAUAGUAGUGCAAAAUAUGUUUAAAUGAAGAAGAAACCCCAGAAGAUCCUUUUAUCACUCCUUGUAAAUGCAAUGGAAGUUGUGCCUAUGUGCAUUUUAAUUGUUUAAAGCAAUGGUUAGAAAGCAGGGGUUAUAAAAAAGAAUCUGGCAAUACAAUUUCCUAUAGAUGGAAGAAAUUAGAGUGCGAAGUAUGCUAGGAAUUGUUGCCUCAAUAAAUUAGAUUCUAAGGAAAAGUGCUCGACUUGGCAGCCUUGGAAAGACCCAACCAACCAUAUAUAAUUCUUGAAAACACAUAAAUCUCUGAAAAGGAUAAGAAGGCCUAGAGAGGAAUAUACCUUAUCAAAGGAACUCCUGAUGAUUAAAUCAAAUUAGGUCGAGGACAUUAAUGCGAAAUUAGAAUCUCAGAUAUCUCAGUAUCGCGACUACAUGCCUUUAUCAAAUAUGAGAAGGGAAAUUUUGUUAUAGUUGAUAAUAAUAGUAAAUUCGGAACUUUAGUUCGUCUCUAAACUCCAUAUCUUAUAUGCAUGGAUAAAAUUGCAAUAUAAGUUGGAAGAACAGUUUUGACAUUUGUUAUGAAAUCCUUUUAGAGUAUUAAUCCUAAUAUUCAUGCUGCUGGUGUUCAGACUCUGCAUAUGAAUCAUAUUAGUGAUUAAUAAAGAGCUGCCAUUUAAGGUCAGGGCUAAACUGGAUUUUAUUAAGGGGCAAACAAAACUUAAACAAAUAAUAAUAAUAAUAAUAACAAUAAUAACAAUAACAAUAACAAUAACAAUAACUAGAAAAAGAAUGAAAAACAUUCGGGUUGA